AAAUUUAUUACGGUUUCAUCCAAAAAUUCUCUUUAAUUUCCCUUCCCAACCCCCGAAAAUUGCCAUUGUUUUUCCCUUUUUCUCUGCGUCUUCCCCCCUCAAAUUCAAUGGCUACACUUCUUGUUUUUUAGAUGGUGAUCUGAUUCAACUCACGAUUCGCUAUUUAUUUAUUUAUUUAUUUCAUUUGCAGCUAUAGCAGCUGAGUGUUUCAGCAACUAAACAAAUUUUUUACCCGACUGACACAACUUGACAUGCUGAAUGUUGGGCCCCGGUGUUGGUGGUGCUGGAAUGACCUCUACAAUGGAUGACAUGAACCUGAUCCAGCAGGCCCAAAGGCAUCAUCACCUUGUAGUGAGAGAAAUAGGCGAAGAAAUCGACUUGGAAAUCGGUCCAGGUGAUGACGACCCCUCGUUUGUCCACACCUCACUUCUCGAUGUUCAAACGCACGAACCCUCUGCAAAAGAACACGCCGAAAACAAGCUUCUGAUUGGGUCUCAGCUCCCAGAUGAGGAUCAAGAUUUGUCAAAGACGCAAUCCGUGAAAAGGAAAAAGAAAGUUGUUAAGAGAUGGAGGGAGGAAUGGGCCGAUACUUAUAAAUGGGCCUAUGUGGACAUGAAAGAUGGGACUGCGAGGAUAUUUUGUUCUGUGUGUAGGGAGUAUGGGAGGAAGCAUAGAAGGAACCCGUAUGGGAAUGAAGGUAGUAGGAAUAUGCAGAUGAGUGCUCUUGAGGAGCACAAUAAUAGCUUGCUUCAUAAGGAGGCUCUUCGCCUUCAGCAGGCAUCGAAAGAGAAGAUAAUCGUGGAAAAGCCGAUUUAUGUGAAAGCUCUUAUGUCAAAGACGGCUGGAUCGAUUGUUGAAGCUGCAUUGAGAAGAGAUCCCCAUGAAGCGGAGUUCAUACAGUUUGUUCAAGAAGUGGUUCACUCUCUCGAAAGAACACUCGGUCCAUGCAGAGGUGGUUUGCGUUUUCACCCAUCAAUGAACUUGAGCAUCGCCAAAUUUCUCAGUUUUGAACAGACCUUAAAAAAUGCAUUAUCUCCAUUCAGACUUGGAGGCUCUUCGGGUGGGAGUGAUUUUGAUCCGAGGGGAAAAAGUGAUAAUGAGGUCAUGAGAUUUUGUCAGAGCUUCAUGAAUGAGCUGUACCGAUAUUUAGGUCCUGAUAAGGAUCUGCCUUCAGAGGAGAUGGGUGUUGGAACCCGUGAGAUAGGUUAUCUCUAUGGACAAUAUCGACGACUUACUGGUCAUUCUCAGGGAAGUUUUACAGGGCCUAGAAUAAAUUGGUCUGGCUCUAGUUUACGCACUGAAGCUACUGGAUAUGGAUUGGUGUUCUUUGCUCAACUUAUGCUUGCAGAAAUGAAUAAAGAACUAAAAGGACUAAGAUGUGCUGUUAGUGGUUGUGGAAAGAUAUCAAUGCAUGUCCUAGAGAAGCUAAUCGCAAACCAUGCGGUCCCAAUAACAGUGUCUGAUACAAAGGGGUAUUUGGUGGAUGAGGACGGGUUUGAUUUUGUCAAAAUAUCUUUUCUAAGAGACAUUAAAGCUCAGAAUAGAAGUCUGAGAGACUAUUCAAAAACUUACGCACGCUCUAAAUAUUACGAUGAAUCAAAGCCUUGGAAUGAAAGGUGUGAUGUUGCAUUUGCUUGUGCUUCCCAAAACGAGAUUGAUCAGUCGGAUGCCAUUAAUUUGGUAAAUUCUGGUUGCCGUAUACUAGUAGAAGGUUCAAACAUGCCUUGUACGCCUGAAGCAGUUGAUGUCUUGAGAAAGGCAAAUAUCUUAGUUGCUCCUUCUAUGGCUGCUGGAGUGGGAGGGGUAAUAGCAGGAGAACUUGAAUUAAGAGAGUGUAAUUUGAAUUGGGCACCUGAAGAUUUUGAAUCGAAACUAAUGGAGGCAAUGAAGCAGACAUACCAAAGAGCUCUCAAAACAGCCACUGACUUUGGAUAUCUAAAAGAGAGUCCCGAGGCAUUGGUUCAUGGAGCUGUCAUAUCUGCUUUUCUGACAAUCGCAAGCAGUAUGGCCGAUCAAGGAUGUGCAUAAAACUUCAUUUGCUCAAUAACUUAUGUUAAAUGCAAUGUAAGAUUGUAAAUUAGUGUGUGUUUCUGAUAUUUCUUUUCUUUUCCCAUUUAUUUCACAUAUUUGAUGUAAAUUAGAGUUGAUGUUGGCUUCUCCAUGGUUGAAGCUAUUAUCUCUGAGAUUUCUUGUAGCUUAUGUUUAGUGAGAAAGUGAAGAAUAUUCAUAACAAUGUCUUUGUAGAGUUUGUGAUACAUUUGUUUGCUCUUGUGAUUGGAGGAAUUGAAUAAGAUCCACACACAUUGCCAUAGUUUUAAGCAAAGAGUCUUGUCUUUUGUACUUGUUAUUUCUGUUUUUGAAGGUAUUACUU